UCUUGAGUAAAUGUGCUCAUUUUGUUUUCUUUCAGCGGUGGCUUCGUUCUGCUAGUUUAUUGCUCCAUGGUUCUGUCAACAAGCGGAGACGGCUUUAAAAAUGUCCAAUCGGAGUCUGUGCCGUAUUGAUGUUGGUCGGCAGCCGUAUUUUCUACAAACUACUCUGAGAGAAGGAGGGAAGGAUGGAUUUGAUCUGGUCAUCACUGACACAAUCAACUCGUGGGAAGGGAAACUUUCCUUAAAGAGACUGGAGAAGCUUGCCAAGGAAGUCAACAUGGAUCUUCAAGAAUUCAUUGAGCAAACGAAGAAAGCCCUGACGAGACAAAACAUAGGAGACCUGGCAUUUGAGUAUCAAAUGAAACCGUCUGAUGGCAGUGGGUCAGAGUUCUCCUGGAAGAAAGUCAUGACAAGUGGAAACAUUAAGUUCCAACUUGGUUCGUUAAGUCUUGAGGUUGCUGAAGACCCUUCUGAGGCCAUCCAAGAAUUGUUCAUCUUCACAAUCCAGAAUGCCGCUUCAUUAAGAGAGAACAUUAACGUCUUAGAAGGAGAGAAUGAAAAAUUGUCCACUGAGAGGGCAAAUGCUCUGAAAAGACUGGAAAAAUGUGUUAAUUUGCAUAGUGAAAUGGAACAAGAACUCUUCUCAAAGUUUCAAGUUGUUCUGAAUGACAAGAAAGCAAAAAUCAGACGUCUCAAACAAGAAGUCAAGGAUGCAAUCUCAAAUGCAGAAUCUGCAUCCAGUCAUCUCCCGACAAGAGAUACAUCUCAUCCGUCGUUGAAUUCCUCAGGGGAGGAGAGUAAUGAGGAUGAUCUUGAAGACGAGGAGCUGGAAGACGAUGAAAUCAGCACAGAUGAGGAAUCCAAGUCGAGACACAAACCGAAAAAGAGAACCGUACAAUCAAGUAGAGUGGAGGCAGACACAAGCUUGAUUCUAGGCGAUGAUGAACCAACCAAUGAAACAGCAGCUCCUAUGGGCAAAAGGAGAAAAAGACGAGCUGUAACGAGUAAACAGACGCCAUCUAAACCAGCCAUUCCAAAAGUGUUAUCUGGCAGGACAGAGAGGAGUGCUACCCCAUCUACACCCGGAACAUCUGAAAUCAGUCGCCUGUCACAAAGAACAUCGAGUAAAUCGUCAAAAUCUGAUCCCGAUCCCGACAUGUUGUUUGAUGAAUUGUGAAUUAGAGUCUUGUAGGUAAAUCUUCAUCUUCAGUAUACCAUUACUAGAUUCUUGUUAGUAGAGACCGUUUUUCAAGUGCGCAGAGUUGUCACUUUUGGGUCAGCCAAUCAGCAUUGCUUUUCAUUGCUUCCCUUCAAGAGGUUAAUGACAAGAGGUAUCGAAACGGCGCGCCGUCCGUGGUCUCGAGUCUGAAUGAGAAUUUGUCUUGCCAAGUUGAAACUAAGAUGUUCUGAUAUUGUUUUUAUCAUGUAAAGUUGGCUCACUGAAACUACUUCUCAGGUGAGAUUUGCAUUGACGCCAUGUGUUAUAUGGUUUUUGAGUAGUAGUACUUCUUAGAAGAAUUGCUGUUAGAAAAUACGAUGUUUUGAUCAGUAUGCUCUGAUCGUCUUCAGGAGAAAGUCACCUGAGAAUAGUUUUAAAGGCAGUGAACACU